GAUUCGUCGUCAGUCGUUAGCAGCACGUGCAACAGGUAAAACGUUAAUCGUAACAAGUGCUUUACUACUGCGUGAACGACGAAACGGUUCGACUCGAAAGCGUCGGAGGUAAUUAGUAAAAAUCGCGAUUUCGAAAAUGCGGAUAUCGUAUGACAAUUUUUCGAAAGCCAGUCAGUCGAUGUGAGAUGAGUGUUUUAAGUGUGCUGUUAAAUUUUCCAGUCAUUAAUUUGCGAGCGAAAUCGAGUGAAACGAAGUGAGCUUACAUCAGUUAUGCAAUUUAGAUACCGCUGUUAGCGCGUAUCAUAGCAAUGAGUGAUUAUCGUUGAUCGUUUGAGUCAGUGCUCGAAAGAACAGCAAUUAUCAGUUGAAUUAUCUGCAGCGUGGACAGAGAUCAAACGAUCAAAAUGCCUGCCGAUGAGGAGUUUGAACUGAUGACAAAGCCGCUGCUCAGCUUUGUUCCAUCGACACUCAAGUUCCGCAAUGUUUACUACACGGUUGACGGGAAGGAUAUUCUGAGUGACGUGUCUGGUAAAUUCAAACAUGGUCGACUGGUGGCUCUGAUGGGACCUUCCGGGGCGGGGAAGUCAUCCCUGUUGAACGUCCUGGCUGGAAUGAACCUGUUCGGGCUGAGUGGAUCUAUCAUCAUUGGUGAUGAACCCGUGGAGGAAAACGACCCACGAAGUGUUUAUGUGGAACAAGAUUGUCCGCUGCUAAGCUACUUGACUGUAAGAGGAACUAUGACCUAUGCUGUAAAUAUGAAGAUGUCUCGAAGUAAUUCCACCAAAGAAAAGAAGAACAAGAUCAAAGAAAUCCUCCAGAUUCUGGGACUGGAGAAAUGCUCGUCUACGCUGGUGAAGAAUCUGUCUGGAGGCGAGCAGAAGAGGCUUUCGGUAGCGGUAGAGUUGAUCACCAACCCUGCAGUGAUGCUUUUGGAUGAACCCACCAGUGGUCUGGACAGCGUUGCUUCUACGCAAAUCAUAUCCCACCUGAAAUCGCUGGCCAUGGGAGGACGUACGAUCGUUUGCACCAUUCAUCAACCUGCAUCCAGUUUGUUCCAAUUGUUUGACGAUGUCUACUUGCUGGUCAAAGGGCGUUGUUUGUACUUUGGAUCGAUUGACGGGAUGAUUCCGACUCUAGAGUCCGCUGGAUUCAGAUGCCCGGAAUAUUACAAUCCAGCUGACUUUGCGAUCGAAGUUCUAACGUCGGAAGAUCAAGAACCAAAGGAAGCAAUGAUCGCUCAAACUAAAGCAGAGUUGCGAGAUCUUUUCGAAGGCGGGCCUUCAAGUCCGACCAUAAACAGACCGGACGUAAUUGUUCGACGCUAUCAGGUCCCUUUCUGGUACCAGUUUUUAGUAUUACUCAAAAGAUCUGCAAUCUCCACCGCUAAGGACGAGUUCUUCCUUAAAGUGAGGGUUGCCCUCUACAUAGCUCUAGGGUUAAUUUUCGGAAUAGUUCACUACAACGUGGGAAACGAUGCCAGCAAGGUGAUCGCCAAUGCCAGUUGCUUCUUCCAGAUUUUUGCCAUUGUUUACUUCUGCAAUGCCAUGGCUGUGAUAAAUUACACCGAGGAGGCCAACGUUACCAUCAAGGAGAUCGCCAACAAUUGGUACAGCCGGGAGGCCUACUUCUUCUCCAAACUGCUAAACGAUCUCCCUCUGCAGAUCAUCUGCCCCCUGUUGAUGCUACCGCCAAUGUAUUACCUCUCGGAUCAACCGCUGGAAGUGCACCGCUUUGCCAUGGUUUGGUUGAUGGUCUUCUUCGGCGGGCUCAUCGGCCAGUACAUUGGAGUAUUUGCGGGGAUCUGUUUCAGUAUUAAAACGCAGAAUUUCGUCGUUGCCAAUGCCUGUAUCAUUCCGGUUAUAUUUUCGGGAUUUUUCAUCAAUUCCAAAGAUUUGGUUCCAUAUUUGAAACCCCUGAGUGAUGUGUCGUUCUUUCAGUACCUGUUCCACGGAGCGAUGCAAGCUUUGUACGGGUUCGACAGGGGGAAUCUGAAAUGCCCGCAGAUUUAUUGCUAUUAUAAAAAGCCGGGCAGUAUUCUGGAGCAGUUCGAUAUAGAUCCGUAUGGGUUUGGAAAAAAUGCUGCCAUUUUGGGGGGUAUUACAUUUAUUUUGCUCACUGUGAUUUAUGUGGCUUUCGUCGUUAGGUUAAGGCGAUUCAAGUAAAGAUCAAGCGAUCGUGUUUUGUA